AUGGGUAAAGCGGUGUCUAAGUUGUCAAAAGAUGAGAUCAAGCAGCUACGCGAUCGCACGCUAUUUGAUAAACGCGAGCUUCAACAAUGGUAUAAAGGUUUCUUGAGAGACUGCCCGAGUGGACAGCUAUCCGAAGAGGAAUUCGCUAAAGUUUUCAAACAGUUCUUUCCAUUUGGUGAUCCCGCAGACUAUUGUCACUAUCUCUUCCGGGUAUUCGAUUCCGAUAACUCUAAAUACGUGGAUUUCAAAGAAUUCAUAGUAGCUCUCUCACUCACAGCACGCGGAGAUAUGCAGCAAAAACUCAAUUUUACGUUCACAUUAUACGACUUGGAUGGUGACGGAAAAGUGUACUAUAAGGAUUUAUUGGCGGUUAUCUCGUCCAUCUACAAGAUGAUAGGGCCAAUGGUGACCAUGCAUAGUGACGAAGCCACGCCCGAGAUGCGGGCAGCUAAAUUAUUCGCCGCGGCAGAAAAAGAUAAGAAAACAGACUAUUUGGAUUUCGCAGACUUCAAGCGGAUAGUCAAGGCCGAUCCCUCCUUAAUUAGUGCCCUCAAUUCUUAUGAGGGCUUGGUGUAG